AUUGUGACCAACCGAUCCGAUCCGAUCAUUGUGCUCUCAGGAAGGAAAAACCCGUCCAACUGAACGCAAGCAAGCUCGCGGCGCUCCGUGUUCCCGUGCAUUUUACCGUGAGAUUGUGUGUGUGUGUCCGUGUGUUACCGGCAUUUUGGUAGAACCAAAUCACGAAGCAGCGGAAUUUGUGUAAUUUUAUCGUUCAUCAACUAAACAGCCUCCAAAAACACCAUCAUCAUGCCAGUUCCGGAGCUCCAGAAACCAGCGCCCGCCUUCAAGGGAACCGCCGUCGUGGGCGAUCAGUUCAAAGAGAUCAGCCUGUCCGACUACAAGGGCAAGUACGUGGUGCUGUUCUUCUAUCCGAUGGACUUUACCUUCGUCUGCCCGACCGAAAUCGUCGCCUUCUCGGACCGUGCGGAAGAGUUCCGUUCGAAAAAGUGCGAAGUGAUCGCCUGCUCCACCGACAGCCACUACACUCAUCUCGCGUGGAUCAAUGUACCGCGCAAGAAUGGUGGGGUGGGCACGCUGCAGAUUCCACUGCUCGCCGACAAGUCGAUGAAGAUUGCCCGUGAUUACGGUGUACUGCACGAAGAGUCGGGCGUCCCAUUCCGUGGACUGUUCAUCAUCGACGAUAAGGGCGUUCUGCGUCAGGUCACGGUGAACGAUCUGCCGGUCGGUCGUAGCGUUGACGAGACGCUGCGCCUGGUGGAAGCGUUCCAGUACACCGACACGUACGGCGAGGUGUGCCCGGCCAACUGGAAACCAGGCAGCAAGACGAUGGUGGCCGAUCCGAGCAAAUCGAAGGAAUACUUCAAUGCUGUUAACUAAGAAGGUGUAAUGGGUUGAUCUCUGCCAGCCAGAGUCCUCUUCCUUUGCCGUUCACCUCAACCGAUCAUACCAGUAGUAACAGCAAGACAGACACACGAACUCAAAUUUAUACACGAAUCUUUUGGACGGAUAAGACAAUAUGUGUGUGUGUUCCGGGCGUGAUGAGAUGGAGUAUACGCUCCAUCAUCUUUUAAGGCGGAACACAAACCCCUUUGCAUUAAAGAACAUUCAGGUUGAACUUGAAGCAGGGCGCUCACUCCUGGGUCCUCACGAGGAGAAUAAUGUAAGAGAAGCUGUGGAGGAAAAAUCGUAAAGAAUCCCCAUUUGUCUAGAUGGUAAAAAACAACAACUAUAUAUCAUACAAACAAUAUCAUAUGAUGAAGAAAACCCCCAUGAGCUGAGAGCAAUAAAAAUGGAAAUAAAGUAUUGAUUUUUUGUAGAAUAA